UUGGAUGAUGCUGACUUGAUACAAGUUCAGUGUGGGGAGGAUCAGCUGAGGUGGGUAGCUGUCAAGAUGUGAUUUAAAAAAAAUCAAAUUAGUUCUAUUUCCCGAAAAUAAAAAUCAGCUCCGUAUGCAUGCGACAUACACGCUCAACAAAGAUGGCUAACUUAUUAGUGAGAGCAGUAACUCCGAGAGGACGUAGGGUUUAUUUGAUGAUGGCCACCGGGCUUUUCUUGCUGUCUAUGUCACUACUUUUCAUCAAAUCACUAAGUGGCAAGCUUCCCAUGAGACACCUUCAGUUUAAUGAAGGAUUUUACCGAUCAAAGUACUUGGAAUCUAAUUAUCUGCAAUACUCGCGUAAGGACUGGGAAGAAAAAAUCGAUAGAGACAGCCAGAGGGGACUCAUUUGGCUAGUUCAGAUCUCGGAUAUUCAUCUGCAUACAGGAGCUGUGGAGGAGGUGCAGCACUUCCAGGAGUUUGUGGAUGAUGCAAUAACAAUCCUCAAGCCUGCUGCUGUUCUUGUUACAGGUGAUCUAACCAAUAGCAAGGUUUACGGUGUGAAACUGGCACAGCUUCCUCAAGAAUGGUCCAUAUAUCAGCGAUCAGUGAAGGACAGGCUUGUCUUGAACAAUUCAACACUCUGGCUAGAUAUUGCAGGCAACCAUGAUAACUUUGAUGAAGUGCAGCACUCCCAUUUCAAAGCACAUGCUGUUCAAGUGGAUUUUGGCACCAGCCGUACUGCAAAAGCUACUGUUAUUCGAGGCAUCGACGGUCAGAACAUUACUUUGCUACCCUUGGAUGCAUCGCUGAAGCCAGGGAUUAGGGCUUUCAAUUUUUUAGGUCAUCUUCCUGAUGAAGAGUUAAAGGAUUUACACAAUGCAGCCCUAGAGGCACGUACCAAGGGCAACAUUGUCAUGUUCUAUGGACAUUACCCAAUAAGCACCAUUGUGUCAUCAAAGGAUUUGAAGAAGCUGCUAGCCAUGGGAACAGCCUAUCUUUGUGGUCAUCUUCAUACUGGCUUUGGAUUUAUUGACACCAUGUGGACAAGGCAUGCUACUGGACUUAUAGAAGUAGAAUUGGCUGACUGGUUCCAUAAUCACAGGUAUCGUAUAUUGACUGUUGACAAUGGGCAAGUGACAUGGCUAGAUAUCACUCAUCCUUCGUGGCCAGUUGUGAUUGUAUCAAGUGUUGGGCGCUACCCAAAAGGCCAGGCCUCUGUUAGAUAUAUUGUCAGGUUACUUGUGUUUACAAAUGAGGAGAUUUCUGCAGUGUCAGUGCGAGUUGAUGAUAAUCUUGGACACUGGAUAACUUGCAAGCACAAAUAUGGCCCACUCUACACUGCCACAGUUGAUGUGCAGACAGACACAUGGGAGCCACAUGUGAAGGAAGAAGAUUUUGUUAAGAACUUACAGGUAUUGGUUGGAAACUCUUCUGGUAGUAAAACUCUGUUACGGAUCGGGAUGGAGGGAGCAGGGUUCCUGCGGCCUCAGCCUUCAUACUUGGGGUCACUUAUCCUCUCUAUCAAGCUUCAUGAUGUGUUCUUGGUGAUCUAUAUGACUGGCAUUGGCACGUGUAGUCUUCUUCUCAUUCUGGGCAGGUACCAAGUGCGAUGUGAUCCUUUAAUACCAAAGCGGAUGAUUGGAGCAUCCUCGAGCUUAAGCAACAACCGCACUGUGUUUGUCCUGGUGGUAGUAUUUCUCCUCUAUCCUUUCAUAGGUCCAUGGUACAUUGGACAUCUUGCCAAAGACAAGUUAGGUGCAGUGUUCAUGUGGGGAAUCUUCGUUGACUCUACCAUGUUGCCAGGAGAACUCACAUAUCCUGACGCAUUCUUCUUGGUGAGCUAUUGGAUCACACUACAGAUGCCAGUAUUUAUUAUUGUCUUCAUAAAAAAAAUGCUAAGCUUUGACACAGCCAGACACAAGUGUGGGCGUUGGUUAACAGUCUGGAUGAUGAUCAUCAUAAGUUUUCAGUUACCAAGUAUCUUUGCUUGGUUAGUGUUGGACAGCAUCCUGCUCAAUGGGCCACUUAGGCUCAUUUUGACACUUAUUGCCAUAUCCUUGUGGAAAAGAGUAUAAUAUACUCAUGUAUAGUGUGUUAAGUCAUGUAUGGAUCAAGUAUGAAACAGUUUGUUUAGGAAGGUGUUACUGAACUUAAUAUAAAAGGUAAGUCAUAUUUGUUUUCUAUUUGAAAACAGUCUCAGGAUUGUCAUAGUCCAUCAACGAAGGCUGUCUUGGCCAUGUUUCCUACCAAAAACAAGAAACACACAUGCCAUUUUUAUUUAUAUGCCUUGGCUUUUCCAAUAUUCAUCAUCAUCAAUAAAUAGCACUGUUGGUUCCCACUAUCUGUCUGUUUUAUCUUAUCCCAAUAACUACCCAAUAGUCUGUUGGUAAUUGCAGAAUCAUGUCUAGUAUUGUCUUAGAACCUCUUACAAACCUCUAGACUUUACACUUUCAAAAUUUUCACAAUCACUUUAUUCUACCAACUUUCUGUCUUUCCCUCCUUAUGACCUUUUGUAUCACACAUUCUUUUUAUUACUUUGUCAUCACCCAUUCUUUCUAUAUACCCCAACUAUCUCCAUUACUGUAUUAUUUGAUUUUCUUCCCUAUUCUGACAUUCCUUCCUGGCCAGUCACCCUUUGCUUCCUUUUCCUAAGGUACUCUUUGAUCCACCAGUGUACAUUUCCUGUUAUUCCUGCUUGCAUUUCAGGUUUUUGCCCCAUUCUUUUAUGGGGUAAAAUAUCAAAUACCUCCUUUCAGCUUAAGAAAAUGCAAGCCAUCCACCUCUCCUCUCUCUCUCUCUCUCUCUGUCUCACUUCCAUUACACUGUCAUUGAAUUCCAACAAGUUUGUAAGACAAGAUUUGCCAUCUCUGAACCCUUGCUGGUCAUUGUGUAUGAAGCUAUUUCUCUCCCAACUGCUCUGCCACUCUCCUGAUUAUCUUCUUCAUUACCUUGCACAAUAUGUAUGUGUUUAUGAAGCUGUUUCUCUCCCAACUGCUCUGCCACUCUCCUGAUCAUCUCCUUCAUUACCUUGCACAAUAUGUAUGUGUUUAUGAAGCUAUUUCUCUCCCAACUGCUCUGCCACUCUCCUGAUCAUCUCCUUCAUUACCUUGCAUAGUAUGUAUAUCAGUGAAACUGGUCUGUAGUUCAGUGUUUCCUGAAUGUUUCUUUUAUAUAAUAUAGGGACUAAAUUCACUGUCUUCCAGAUCUCUAGCAACUGUAUCAUAUUCAUUGACUUGCAUAUUUUAGCUAGUGGUUCAGAUAAUGCUUCCUCUUUGUAGAAUCCAUGCUAAAACUAUGUCAGGUCCAUUUGCCUUCAAUGUUCCCAGCUUCAUCAAAUGUUUUUUUACUGGCUGUGUCAGUUGGGUGAGUGGUUGUCUUUGCUGAUGUCAGGGAGGAGAGUGAGAAGGGAAGAAAUGCAGGAAACUCUUAUCAUUUGUUGUCUGUUCACACUCACAUUACAACAGACUCCAGUAUCAAGCUUGAGCAAACAUUGACACAUUAAGGCUCGUGCCCUAGUUAUCUCUAUACGUAGAGUAAUAUUUGCAAUAUAGCACAUGUACAUGUAUUUUUUCCAAAUAUUUUCUUAAUCUUAACCACUUUCCUGUAUGAAUUACUAAACUUAAAAGGAAAAACUGGUUUUUAUUUUUAACCCUUUCAGGGUCGAGAGGCCCUCUCCUAAACUUGUUCUCAGGGUCGAAAAUUUUUUGGAAAAAAACAAAAAAAAUCUUAUGAAAUGAUAGAGAAUCUUUUCCCAAUUAUAAUGACAUCAAAAGUGUGAAAUUUGAUGGAAAACUUACGGAAUUAUGCUCUUGCAAAGUUAGCGGUCUCGAUGAUGUUUAUGCAUCGGCGAUUUCGCCCACUUUGAGCCCCAUUUUCUGGCCAAUUCCAGUGUACUAGUCGACAAAAAUCACAAUUAUUUCACUAGAACUCUAUUUUUUCUAUCAAAUGAGUACAAGAAACCACCCAUUUACCGAUUUCAACUGUCCAAUAUAGUGGUCAGAAAUUGGCAAUUUUGCCAAUUUCACACAAAUUUCAAAAGAUACCAAUUUUCAAAUAGGGUCCAGAAUAAACAAGACAGACAUUCCUGGCACUAAAAUAACAUUUUCUCUGUUCAUUAGUCAUGUCCCCAGGCUCCUCAUACAUUUCUUUUGUUUUCCACUUUGAAUUUUUAUUCUCACAAAAAAUAGAAGAUUUACUGUUAUGCAGACUACUGCAUUAGUGUAGAAAUGGUAUAAAUAAUAUCAGCGCACUUGUGAAAGAAUGUUAGACUCACUAGUUGACGUGUAUUGGACGCGUGGCAUGAUUUGUUUACUUUUGAACUUCGGCAAAAAUCGAACAUUUCUGCUAAUUUGAGCUCAAUUUCAAGGUACUUUUCAUUGUGAAGCCAAUCAAACUCCUCUCAAUUUCUGUAAUAUGUCUUCCAUUCUAUAAAAUGUGACCAGGAAAACUAGAAUACAACCAUAAAUACCAUACAAAAAUACACUGCUAAUUUGCUGUUUUAAACCAAAAACACUGUCGGAGUUUGUUUUUUUCCUCAUGCACUGUGUGCUGCAGGAUUUUUUUUAUACUGUGCACACUGACCACAUAGACCCAUUCUUUCAUAUGUAGGCUUACCAGCUUUCUCUCGCUAGAUUUGAAGGUGCUAGAAUUUACGCGUACUAGUACGUCAAUAACCCUGGCACGUAAGACGUACUAGUACGUCGGAAACCCUGAAACAGUUAAAUCACCCUACCUCGGUGGGAUACAGACGAUUUAUUGAAAAAAAAAAAAAUUUAAUCUGUCUCCCCUCUCCUCAUAAACCAAUAGGAUCUGUUAGGUAAAUGUUUGUUGUCUCUUCCUUAUACAGAAUCUUGUCAAGUACAUAC